CUUGCGUCUCGCUCCGGUUUCCGGCUGGAGGGAGCAAGGGAGCGGGCCCGGGCGGUAGGACCCGGCUGUAGCCGAGCCCAGUGCGGUGGGUGCAGCGGGCGCUCCAUGUCGGGAAUGAUCUAUCUCCACAGUAACCAUGAGAGCUGCCUGCGGGGCCCCGACACACCGAGAGCGGCCACGGCGCGCUUCCACAGCUGCCCCGAGCCGGCCUUAGGGGACCUCUUCAACGGUUGUUGCUCCAUGGGAGAGGCAGCCAAGCGGCGGGAGGCGGGCGCUGCUCUCCAGGCCGGCCCGUCGGGGGCUGUGCGGAGCGGGGACUUGGUGUCCAGCCCGCUGGCUCCGGGCGGCGGCUCCGGAUCCUCCUCGGCUCCGAGGGAAUCAAACACUAACACUCCUGUCAGCUCUACCUCGGCGCCCGAUGGACUCGGCAACCAGGAGGGCGACUCUCCCACUGCUCCUUCGCCGGGGCCCCGGGCCGAUGGGAACAGCGGCGAGGAGACGAGCAGCCCGGAGCCCGAGGCGGCCGAUAGCCCCGGCCCCGCUGACACUAGGGUGCUGGAGUUCAUGGACGUCAGCCUGAAUUCGAGGAACUCCUUCGAAGUGAGCCGGCGGCAGAGCGCACCCGAGCAGCUGGCGGACGGGCUCGACUCGCCGGCACCAACACUAGGCAGCGAGCAGGGGGCCAAGCCCAAGAAACUGGGCAUCGCCGACUAUAUCAGCAGAAGCUUUUUUACCAAGAAGACAAAGGAACCCAUUCCUUCUGCUUUUAGUGCUCCCGGCUGGAAGUUAUUUGGGAAAAUUCCACCAAGGGAAAAUUCACAGAAGGAUUCCAAAACAAUACAACAGGACAGCUAUGGUUGCAGUCUUACGUCAGUGUCUGCACCUAACCUGUUCAGUACAGGGGAAUAUGAAGCCCGAAUGGGCCGAAUGACCAAAGCUCCACUCCAAUCUGCACGGCGGCGAAAUCUUGAAUUUGAGCCACUGUCUACUACAGCACUUAUCCUAGAGGAUCGACCAGCCCACCUACCUGCCAAGUCUGCGGAGGAGGCUCAACGGCACCGACAAGAAUAUGAUGAGAUGGUGGCAGAGGCAAAGAAACGAGAGAUAAAAGAAGCACAACGAAGAAAAAAAAUUAUGAAGGAGCGAUUCAGACAGGAAGAAAACAUUUCUCAUGCUAUGAUCAUUUGGAACACUGAUAUUCUUCCCAACUGGGAGACCAUUCGAAAUACGCGGAAGGUGCGUGAAUUGUGGUGGCAAGGUAUUCCGCCAAGUGUUCGAGGAAAAGUAUGGAGCUUGGCUGUUGGUAAUGAACUGAAUAUUACUCAUGAGCUUUAUGAAAUCUUCCUGUCUAGAGCUAAGGAGCGCUGGAAAAACUUCAGUGAGAUUGGAUCAGAGAAUGAGACUGAAGAAUCUGGAGCACCACAGGCUGAUCGAGAGGCCAGUCUUGAACUGAUAAAGCUGGACAUCUCCCGUACAUUCCCUUCUCUCUUCAUUUUCCAAAAGGGUGGACCAUAUCACGAUCUCUUGCAUAGUGUCCUUGGGGCAUAUACCUGCUACAGGCCUGAUGUGGGAUAUGUCCAAGGAAUGUCUUUUGUUGCUGCUGUGCUCAUCCUUAAUUUGGAAGAAGCAGAUGCUUUUAUAGCUUUUGCAAACCUAUUGAACAAACCCUGUCAGCUGGCAUUUUUCCGUGUGGAUCAUAGCAUGAUGCUGAAAUAUUUUGCAUCAUUUGAAGUGUUUUUUGAAGAAAAUCUUCCAAAGCUCUUUGCACAUUUUAUGAAAAAUAACUUGACUCCAGAUAUCUACCUUAUAGACUGGAUAUUUACACUCUAUAGUAAGUCACUGCCUCUCGACCUAGCUUGUCGAGUCUGGGAUGUCUUUUGCCGGGAUGGAGAAGAGUUCCUUUUUCGAACAGCAUUGGGCAUCCUCAAGUUGUAUGAGGACAUUUUAGUGCAAAUGGACUUUAUUCAUAUAGCUCAAUUCCUUACCAAACUGCCUGAAGAUAUCACAUCAGAAAAACUUUUUGCUUGCAUCACUACUGUUCAGAUGCACAGCAGUAACAAAAAAUGGACACAGGUGUUUGCUUCACUGAUGAAGGAAAACAAGGAAACUGAGAAAAAUCAUUGUCCUGCCUUGAAAAGUUAAUGUUACUUUGAGGACAUUUGAUCUUUGUGACAGUCAGCGUGAAAGAGUUUGUUAGAAUUAAUGGUGUAGCAAUACUUUAUGGAAAUUUCUUCAGUGCAUCUCCUUAAAGUUGAUGGCUGUUGGAGUUAAGGGACUGAAUAUUGUUGGACUGUGAAUGACCCAAAGAUCUGUGUGUGUUAUCCCCAUUGAUGGGAAGAGUGUUAUGGUGCAGUUGAUCCUUCAUGACCUACGUCCAACAAAAUGAAGAAAUGUUUACACUAGUGUCAGUAUUAAUGGAAAAAUUGAGUUCUGUGCAAAGUAGUUCAUUUAUUAGUGAAUGGAAAACUGAUAUGUAAAAUUUCUGAGCACUUAUCUGUACCAUGUUUCUGGUGCGCGGAGUACCUCUGAAGCCAGCUGAUUCCCAGAAACUACCUAAUGUGGACCAAAUAGAUUUUGAAUUACUUUCCUCCAUUAUGUGUAGCGUUUUAGUGAUAGUCCUAUUUGGGAAAUAGCUGGUUUUUACUACUUAAUGUGGUCAUUUUGCUUUUUAAGAUUCUGAAGUAAAAGGACAAAGAUGAGAGAGAGCAUCAAAAUCAGUACUGUUCUACUUUACAGAACCACCAGUUCUGUUAGCAGCCUUGGAAGUGCUUGGUUUUGAAAUAUUCCACAGCAUCCUCUUUAAUAUUUCCAGGCAUUUCCUGUUUCUUGCAAACCUGAGAAUGAUCUUUUAUAUUCAAUUACUGAACUGUGGCAUUUUUUAUUCAACUACUGAACUGUACUACAAAUAUUUUUAUUGACCUUCAUUUCAGUAAUUUGCUGCUUUUCUGGUGCUUUCAACAAUGGGGAUAGCAAUGUAUCACUUCCAGGACUCCAGGGUGAACUGCAUACAGAAUGGUAGAAUGUCAAAGUUAAACUUCCAAAUAUUGUACUACGACAGUUAAAAGUCAGUGUCUCUCAGCUAAUGAAGCCUUUGUGAUUGUCCUCAGACAGGUGCUGUGGGCUUGACUUUCGUAACUGUAUAUGUUUUAUGAUGUGCAAUACAGAAAACUCCAAAAUGGCAUAGUGCUUUGCACAAGUCUUGGAAUGUAACCAUGAUAACAUUCAAUAACUUUUAUUUCAAAUCAGGUGAUGAAAACUGAUGACAGCUACAAACUGUAGCAGUGUGUACUAAUACAUUGCUCAGGACUGUUGUCUGCUCACAAUGGAAAGAUAAAGUGAGAUUAUUUGUCAGUAAUCACAAAAGGGCAGAGGGCUAAUUAUCAGGCUUUUUUUCUAACCUGACUUGUAAUUUCUGCAGUGAAUUUGGUGACACAUUUGUGUAAAUUUGAGAUUUGUCUCUGUGUGCAAAUUACAAAAUAUACUUUCUUACACUUCUGUUUCUUUUUUUAUUUCAAAGGAUUUGUACUUUAUUUUCUUGUAUUCUUAGCUAAACCAGUUCCUGUAUUCCCUGUAUUCAAAUUAUCUUAUUGGAGUAUAAAAAUGAAUUGUGUAGGAAUUUUUAUCUUCUAGUUUGUUUUGAAGUCUCUACUAAAGGAAUUGGCAUGUUACAUAAAUAGUGUACUACAAAUUGAGUGCAAAAUACUUUGAAUUAUAAGAUUUUUUUUUUAUUUAUAUAUCCUUUCAUUUGAUUGAAUGAAAUUCUUUACCUUGCUUUCUAUUGUACAGAUUUCAUACUGACUACAGAUGUAAUGUAUAUGAAAAUGAAUUGUAAAUAGCAGGGAAACAGUCCACAGCUAAUACCACUAGAUACCAGUUUCAUAUGUAAAUAAAGUAUGAAGUCAAGUGCC